AGCCUAACAUAUUCUUGGGUUACGAUGGACCAAAUGAUCGAAAGAUAAAAGGGUACAAGAUGUACGAUCCAAUUGGACGUCGAGUAUAUUUUAGUCGUGACGUCCACGAUCGGUAUUGGUUUGAAAAUGAGACCUUCUACAAAAGGCCAUUAAAGAAUGUAAGCUUUGAUGAUGAACAAUUGAUUAUUGAAGAUACUGCAAAACCAAUAGCUGUCAGUGUCAGUCAACCUGAAGUCUUGAUAGUCACCUCUGCCCAACCGCCCGUGUUAGCACCACAAGCGAGAGUAAACGGAGCCGGAAGAGUAGUACCAACAGGGGAAGAUGACCCACAACGACCAGCCACACCUCCGACCUUCCUUGACGCGCUGGCACGUGGAGAUAUACAGGAUAGGCAUGGACGAGUUGGACCACAGCUUCCUGAUCAGCAUGAUGAUGAUCUUGAUGAUGAGGACCGAAACGAUGAUAAUGUGGAUGACGAUGAUAAUGUGGAUGACGAUGAUGACGAACCUUAUGUAAUAAGAAUGCCAUAUGUUGCCGCUCUACCACGAGUAGAACCACCACCUGAUAUAAACCCAGAGCUUCGCCGAAGCACUCGUGAUGUUGGACCUCCUGAGAAAUAUGGAGAGUGGGGGCAAGUAGCCAUUGUUGACCCUGAGACAUAUCAGCAGGCUAUGAAUGGGCCCGAAGCAGCAGAAUGGUUAGCUGCGAUGGAAGCUGAAAUGGAAUCACUCCGUCGCAACGAAACUUGGGAUCUUGUCACCUUACCGGCCAAAGCAAAGACAAUCAAAGGAAAAUGGGUGUACCAUAUUAAGUAUAACAGCUCUGGUGCCAUUGACAAGUUCAAAGCUAGAUGGGUAGCAAAAGGGUUUGCACAACGCCUUGGCAUAGACUACAACGAAACAUUUGCACCAACCUCUCAUCUGAAUGGUCUCCGUAUAUUUUUAUCUAAAGCAGCAUCAGAUGGCUGUAUUGUUCACCAACUUGAUGUCAAAACGGCGUUUUUGAAUGGCAAGUUGGAUGAAAAGGAAGUGGUGUAUAUGGAACAGCCCCACGGAUUUGCUUCUCGAGGAGAUAGUCGAGUGUGCUUGCUGAAGAAGGCCUUAUAUGGCUUAAAGCAGGCACCUCGAGCCUGGUAUCUGACACUGUUUAAUUGGUUGAAGGAGCAUGGCUACUCUCAACAUCCUACUGAACCGUCCAUAUAUUCCAGUAAACGAGGGGAAGUACAGUUGCUGGUGCAUAUUGAUGAUAUGUGUGUGGCCUCUCAAAGUGUUGAAGCACUUGAGGCUUUCGAAAGUGAAAUGGAGAAGACCUUCCAAAUGACUAGAUGUGGAGACAUUGACUUGUUUCUUGGUAUACAGAUACGUCGAGAUCUAGACCGCAGACUCAUGUAUUUGAAUCAACGGCAGUAUGUAAAGGACAUAUUAGCUGAAUUUGGUAUGGAGGAUUGCAAAUCAGCUGCGACACCGAUGGUGUCUAAUCCAUGUCAAUACUUGCCGCCAGCGACUACUGAGUUGAAGGAAUAUAAAACCCAUGGAUGUCAAUGUGGUGAAGCCAAUACACCAGUUGAUCCAACCAAGUAUAGACGAGCUCUAGGCAAACUCCUCUACUUGAUGAGAGGGACUAGACCAGACUUGGCAGUCAGUGUCAGUAUAUUGGCACAGUUUAGUGGCCAUCCUACACAGUGCGAUUGGUUAGGAGUGAAACGAAUACUGCGGUAUAUAAAGGGUACUCUAGAAAUGGAACUUACCUUGGGUGGUGUUGAUGCUCGACUGUACGCAUAUAGUGAUGCUGACUGGGCCGGUGACCACAAUGACCGUAAGUCUAGGUCAGGAGUGGCACUAUUCAUGGGUGAAGGCAUUGUGAGUUGGAUUAGUAGUAAACAGGAUUGUGUUGCUACUUCCACGGUAGAAGCAGAAUAUAUUGCUCUGGCUGCUACAGCUCGAGAAGUGAUAUGGGCUAGGCAGCUCCUCCAUCAACUUGGAUAUAAUAUGGCGGAGGCUACGUCAAUACUGGAAGAUAAUACUGGAUGCAAACGUUUGGCCAACUAUCCAAGUAGCACCACUCGUACAAAACACAUUGAUGUGAAAUACCACUUUGUUAGAGAUGAAGUUAGUAAAAACACAAUCAAGAUCGAAUCUUGUCGUACUGAUAAAACACCGGCUGAUGCACUUACCAAGCCUUUGGAUAAAAUAAAGCUGGCAAGGUGUCGAGACAUGAUGGGUCUAAAAGUGUCGCCCAGCAGUCGUGAAGAUGAUGGUGAUGGCGCUCCGGAGGGGGGGGAGGGGGCCCCCGGAGCGCAACUGGGGUGGAGGGGUGGGGGGGGGCCAAAUUUGAGAUUUUGGUCAUCACCUCCUUAUGAAAAAGUUUGGAAAAUGACGGAUUUCGGGGUUUCACAACUGUGA